UUCUCACCUGCACCGAAUUGACCGUAGUAGUAUCGACGUAACACACAUGUAUUUUUUCGGUCUGUCGUGAGCUCAUUGAACUCGAAUUAAUCCAUUUUUCAAACAAGUAUCAGCCAUUGGGCAUUUCUCAAGACGUCAUUAGAUUUAAAAAAAUGGCCAUUCCAGCCAUUGAAGAAGUUCGCUCUGGAUUGUACCUCAUACGGUUCGCCCCAGAUGACAUUGAAAACGGCGAGCACACCUUUCACCUACGGAAAUGCGAUUACUAUUCCUACACGCUGGUGUUGCAGCCGUGCCCCGAAGCCAGCCAAGGCACUCCCAGCAUGCUGCUUUCGUUAAUCAAGAGCCAGCAGUCAAACAAGAUGAAAACCUUGCCGGUGGGCAGCAAUUAUCUCGAUUUGGCCAAAGCCAACCAGCAAGACAAAAACAAAGUGGUCGACGAUCAGCCCCGGUUUGUCUGGAUCGUACCAAACGGGCAACAGCAGCAACAACAGCAGUCGAAUAAGGUAACGCAUUUGAAUCUCAACGCUUCCAGCGAGGACCUGAUGAUGAGCCACACGAAACUCAACUGGGGGCCCGUCACUUGUCCAAUUGACAAACGUUUCGACCUUUGGAUGGAUUUCGGGACGGAGACACUGGGCGAGAAGAAGGUCCUGAACCAGUGGGCCAGCCAACUCAUCAAGCAGGAAAACACCGACGUCGAGUUCAACGUCCAGGGUGAGCUGAUGGGCGGCCACAGUCCGAUCAUCAUGUCCGGUAGCUCCGUUUUCGCCUCGAUGAUCCAGCAGCAGCCGACCCCCAAAAAGCCCGUCAAAAGGACACCUUCCAAAGCCAAAGGAAAGUCGGCAGCAGUCUCAUCAGCUGCCAUCAAAGUCAUCCAGAUCGGCGACGUCGAGCCGCAAGUGUUCCAGCAGAUCCUCCACUACUUGUACACGGGUCGAAUUCCGCUGCUGGAAGAGGAAGGCAUGGCCGAUCGACUGUUCAAGGCGGCCGACAAGUACGGCCUGGACAAUUUGAAAGACGAAUGCGCAAGGUUCGUGCUGGCCGACCUGAACGAGCACAACGUCAUCGACACUCUCAUCUGGGCGUCUAAAAAUUCGCUGGCCAAUCUCUUCGACUGCGCCCUCCAUUUGGUUUCCGGUAAUUACCCGCAGGUCAGUUCGCAACCGGAUUGGCAAAAUCUGAUCGACAACCAUCCGCAAAUUUAUUUGAGAGUAUCCCAGCUAAUGGCCAACCUGCCCGGCAACGCUAGAGGAACAUAGCGGUUGUUCGCAUCAGAAAAAUGUGUGCCAUUAUUUAAAUGUGAUUUUUUUUUUUUUUUUAUUUUGUUUUCUGGCAUGAUGUCAAAAUGUAUACUGCAAUUUAAUUCCGGCUAUGGCGAUGUUUGUACUUUUUUUGUUUGUCAAAGUCAAAAUGUGAACAUUUUUGUUUUUCUGUUUCCAAGAAAUGCCGAGCUCUUCAUUAAUUAUACAUUGAUUCAACUGGAA